UGAGAAUUCGCUUUGUACGGUCCGAUAUUUCUGUUUUAUAACUUAAAAAAGUAUAUGUACACAGUUAGUUGCCUGUACGUAAAAAAUUUUGUGUUGUGCAUGCAAAUGAUGCACCAACAAUAAACGGCAUUAGAAAAAGUGAAGGAAAGCAAAAAACCUACCACCACUAGUAUAGUAUUAGCGUUUCUAAAGCAACAUUUCGAUUUCAUGUUUACCACAGUUCCACAGUAUUUUUUUUAACGAACACUAUAAAUAUAUGUAUGUAGCAAUUCUACACGAAAAUCGUAUGGUCACAGACGCAAUAUAUACAAUAAACAUUCCGGCAUUUCUGCAUACAUACAUAUAUCCAACUAUUGAAAGUACAAAAAUUACAUUUUUUAACAUAAAACAUACCUAUAACUAAAUAAUAAAUUUAAAAAAUAAAGCAAUAAGUAACUGAACACAAUGACGGAAACUAAUGCAUUUAUUAACGAAGAAAAAUCGACGAAGAAGCGGAGCAGACGCCACGGUAGCCGGCGGCAUAGUAGUAGCAGCAGCGUCAGCGGCGGUGGUGGCAGAAGACGUCGCGCACAAAAACGUUGCUCAAUCAGCGGAUUCAUAGCUCAAUUAUUUUUCAAUUUCAUCACCAAAAUCGUACGCCUAGUUUUCCAAUUAAUCUAUGGCGUGAAGGGUGAAACAAUGCCCGCCAUCGCUGACCCCAUACUGCUCGAGUCGGCCACAUCGCUGGCGCGUAAAAUACGCAAACAGGAGCUCACAAGCGUGCAAGUAUUGGAAUCAUUUAUACGUCGCAUAAAAGAUGUAAAUCCAAAGCUCAAUUGCUGUGUGGACAAUCGCUUCGACGAGGCGCUCCAGGAGGCAGCUGAAGCUGAUAAGCUAAUUAAAUCGGGCGAACACACCGAGGAGGAACUAGAGAAAUUGAAACCAUAUUUGGGUGUGCCAAUAUCGACAAAGGAUUGCAUUGCAGUGAAAGGCCUUCUGCAUACUGCCGGUUUGUAUGCGCGGAAAGAUGUGCGCGCCACCGAGGACGCCACCGCGAUGGCUUUGAUGCGGCAAGCGGGCGCCAUUCCAUUCGCGCUAACUAACAUCUCUGAGGUAUGCAUGUGGUGGGAGAGCAACAAUUCGGUGCACGGGCGCACACGUAACGCUUACGAUUCAAAUCGCAUAGUUGGCGGCUCCAGCGGCGGUGAGGGCUGCAUACAAUCGGCAGCCGCUUCGCCCUUCGGACUGGGAUCCGACAUUGGCGGCUCUAUACGUAUGCCGGCAUUCUUUAAUGGCGUAUUCGGUCAUAAGCCCAGCAAGCUAAUUGUUUCGAAUAAGGGUCAAUUCCCUAUGCCAUUCACAGCUGAGCAAAAUUCAUUUCUCGGCAUUGGACCAAUGUCACGUUUUGCAGAGGAUUUGAAGCCGAUGCUACGAAUUAUUGCCGGUGAUAAGGCGUCCGAAUUGAAUUUGGAUGAGCCGGUCGAUUUGCAAAAGGUGCGCUUCUUCUAUCAGGAGACCGACGGCGGUGGUCGCUUGGUGACGCCAGUGGAUGCCGAUCUAUUAGCAGGCAUGCAGCGUACCGUACAACAUUUGCGGCAGAAGUUAAAAGCCGAGGUGGUGGAAAAGGUGCAACUGGAGCAAUUCCGUCAAUCGACCAUCAUUUGGUUUGCCAAUAUGAAAGAUGAUUCUGGCUAUACAUUCGCUCACCAACUGGGUGAUUUAAAAGUGGCUAUUAACCCCUAUGUUGAAUUGGUGAAAUGGGUCUUUGGCGCUUCCAAGCACACAUUUAUCGGACUUUUGACCGCCAUUAUGGACAAGACACAGGUGCAGUAUGGUUCGAGCAAAUAUAAGCAUAUGGUAAAGAAGCGCGAUGAAUUACGCGCCGAAAUGCAGGAGCUUUUGGGCGAUGAUGGUGUUCUGCUCUAUCCCACACAUCCCACCGUUGCACCAUACCACAACGAACCCAUCUUCCGCCCCAUUAACUUUUCUUACACAGGCAUCGUGAACGUUUUGGGCUUCCCCGCCACUGCCGUGCCACUGGGACAACUCGGUAGCGAAGGUGUGCCUCUGGGUCUGCAAGUUAUUGCCAACUUUAAUAACGAUAGGCUGUGCUUGGCAGUUGCCGAAGAGUUGGAACGCGCCUUUGGCGGCUGGGCGCGUCCAGAAGUGAAGGUUUAGUAGUAGUUGUUGUAGCAGCUGGUAGUAAUAUCUUGCCGGUGUCACAAGCUAGGUUGAUAUAUUUUUACUGGAAAACUGUUAUGCUAGUACAUUUAAUGUUCUUAAAGGAAAUACAUAUGUAUGUAAUUGUAUAUGCAUUACAUAUGGUCUUAUAAUAUGUACCAAAAGUACAUGAAUAUUAUAAUAUUUUUGUAGAAGGAACAUAGAUAAUAUAUGUACGCCGAUAUGUAUGUGUAUAAUCAUCUUUGAUGUAACUUAAUGUAAUGCGAAUAAGUUUAUGUAAUUCAAUAUACACGUAACUUUACAUAUACAUACAUACUACAAAUACUACAAGUAACUGUUAAGCAUUUAAAUGCGUAAAAUAGAUAACACGUUGGUAUUGCAAUAAGUUUACCACUAAACUGUAUUUAAAGAUAAAUGUAUGUGAAUUUAACUGUGUACUAAAGUAGAUAUUUUUAUAUAAAUUAAACAUAAAUACAUUCAUAUGUUCUAUGUGCGCACGCGAGUCUAUAUUGUUCACGAAAUGAAACAAAUUAAACUAAAGCGUAUGAAAAUA